AACACAGAAGUCCUUGAGGUCAUAAGAGAAGAACAAUGUUCUCCUGCAGUAUCCUCGGUAAACAUGGACGCCGUAUCCAAAACUGUUGCUGAAGCACCGAAAGCAUGCGUUGAUUGCACAUGUUUAAAUGACCUUGAAAAAAUGAAGGAUUCAAAGAAUCCUGAAGAAAUUGAAAGGAUGAUGUUAGAAAGAGAAGCAGUUUUGCGGCGUGAAUUUCUCCAGAAGCUGGAAGGAGAAACGAAUGACCUGAAGGACAAAUUUGACUAUAUUUUACAAAAUGAGCAAGUGAGAACAUCGUUUAUGCUUCGCGAGGCGCACAGAGAACGCCAAGAAAAAAUUGGCGCCUUACAAACUCAACUUGAAUGCAAGAAUUUAGCUGGAGUCAUGUAUGUGAUGUGUACAGAAAGAAGGAAGAGCAAACUGGAGCGACUGAGGCUCAUACAAGAGUACACCAACUACAUCCGAGCCCUGCAGACCAUUCUGGCUGACGGUCAGGAACUGAUCCUGAGACUGUCUCGAGGGUACAAAACAGCCGCUAGAGUCGACCACGAGUGGCGGGAGAAGAUGAAGAUGGUCAUUAAGGAGUUCCAAGCCUACGUGUACCACUUCAGCGGGGGUACUCCUGAAUCCAACCAGUACCUGUUCGAUCUGCCUGCCCUGCUGAAGACGGAGGCAUCGGUCUAUGACGACCCUAAAGAGGACCCCAUUGAGGAGCCCGACCAUGAGGGGGAGGAAGAGGAGGCUGAGGUGUUCAACGAUAUGUUCCUAAGGGCGGACUGCUCCAAUGCUGACGUCAUCAAGGACGAGUACCCCAACAGGGUGCCUCCCCCGGGCAAGUGGGAGUGCCAGGCCGUCCAGACAGACAGGCAGUUUUCGAAAAUGUCAAUAUCGAGCCGGCGAGUGACCACUACCAGUAUGGAUGUUCGUGGCAACAUGGGCUCUAUACUGAAAAUUAUUACAUCAAACAUAGCACCUGAAGCUCCAAACAAACCCAAUAUACUGGCAGCUAGGGAUUCCAUGGAGAUAGCUUCCACUACUAAACUGAGAGACAAGCACCACCACAAGCAUACCGACCCAGCUAGAGUCGUGAUCAACGUCGGCAGCAGACGGACGUCAAUGUUCAAGCAAGACUUGGAAGACACUAGUGACGAAGUUGGGACCUCCCAGCAGAAGAAGGAACUGAAAGACCUCGAUGACGAGGAAGAAGAUGAGUCUUUAUCAUUGCUUGGGAGCAUCCACAAUGACAGCCUGCACGUGAUACCGUCGCACGUGCCAGAGAAAGACCACAAGAUUCAUUACGAGAAAGUGUGUCCAAUGGAGAAGUGCCAGCGUAUGGAGGUGGACUCAUUCAUUCGUUCCCUCCCACCGUACAUGAGGGCCAAUCCGUUCACUCACUUCGAGCAAUCCUAUGAAGACUAUGAAACUUGCACUAAAGCGUGUCACGCCGCCAUUCCGGAUCUGACUGGUUGUGAAGUGGCCGCCAAGACCGAGCAGGGGUAUGUGUGUGGGAGGAUCAGAAACGCCACCAAUGGGGCGAAAUACGCCAGCUUCAGAGGAAUGCAAUAUGGGACGCAGCCGCUAGGGGAACUCCGAUUCAAGGAACUGCUACCACCUCCAUCUUUUGACGGACUCUUCAACGCUACAGAGGCCGGUCCAAUUUGCGCGCAAGUGGAUGUUUUAUACACGCCGAAUAACCUCGUGGCUCCUCUGUCCAGCGGCGAAGACUGCAUCCGCAUCAACGUCCAUGUGCCGUACGACUACCUUCCCGCAAUCAACGCAACCAGCAACUCAAGCAACCUCCUGCCAGUUAUGUUCUGGAUCCAUGGAGGAGCGUUUUCGUACGGCUCAGGGGACGCCGACGUGCACGGGCCUGAAUAUCUGAUGACUAAAGACGUUAUCUUGGUUACUAUUAAUUACAGGCUUCACGUUUUCGGUUUCUUGAGCUUGGAUAACGAGUACAUACCUGGAAACAACGGGCUAAGGGAUUGCAUCACAGCUCUUAAAUGGGUGCAGAGUAACAUCAGGAACUUCGGAGGGGACCCUGCCCGAGUGACGAUAUCCGGGGAGAGUGCCGGAGCGGUCAUGACCCAUCUGCUUUCUAUUUCAAAUGCCACACAAGGGCUUUUCCAAAGGGCAAUAGCAUUGAGCGGACAAGCCAUUGCUAGCUUUUACAGUUAUUCGCAAACCUACGCGAAACUCAUCAAUGCCAUCUUCUUGCCUGCUGCUGGAAUAAACCCGCUUCAAACGCCAAAAAAAAUCUACGAGGACCUCGUGGCAGCUCCUCUAGAGAAUUUACUGGCGGGCAAUAAAGUCCUACUGGACACGUUUGGUCUUGUAUCCUUUACUCCCGUUAUUGAGAGUGUACCUACAACCAAAUUUCACGACUGUCAUACCAGCAUCACCAGAAGAUCUCUUGAAUGCUGGAGCUGGUAAAAACUACCCCAUGUGGAUCGGCUUCUGCAGUAAUGAAGCCGCAGACUUCAAAACGAGAUUGGAGGAGGUCAACAUAGAAACCAA